AAAAAAAACAGGAAGCUGCACUAAAGUCAUUUCCGGGUUCAACUGUGCUCUCUCUGUAAAGUGUGUGAGCAACUCUUCAUUGAGGUAGCGCACGGUGUAGUAAUAGUUUCCGCGUCCAAGAAAUAGCAAUGCAAGCUGCAUCUUCAGGCAUCGGAUACGGUCUAAAAUAUCAGGCUAGAUGCAUAUCGGAUGUGAAGGCAGACACGGAUCACACUAGCUUCCUCGCUGGCACUCUCAGCCUCAAAGAGGAAAAUGAGGUGCAUCUGAUUCGGCUUUCCUCGAGUGGAACCGAAUUGUUCUGCGAGGGAUUGUUCUCUCACCCAAACGAGAUCUGGGACCUUGUCUCUUGUCCGUUUGAUCAACGGAUCUUUUCAACCGUCUACUCUAACGGUGAAACGUAUGGGGCAGCAAUAUGGCAGAUCCCCGAGUUAUAUGGCGAGUUGAAUUCACCUCAGCUAGAGAGAAUCACCUCGCUUGACACUGAUUCUGGGAAGAUUAAAUGUAUUCUUUGGUGGCCAUCUGGAAGGCAUGAUAAAUUGAUCAGCAUUAACGAGGAAAACCUGUACUUGUGGAAUUUAGAUGUUUCAAAGAAAACUGCACAGGUACAAUCACAAGAUUCAGCUGGUAUGCUGCACAAGUUAUCUGGAGGGGCAUGGGAUCCACAUGAUGUGAGUUCCGUUGCUGCAACUUGUGAAUCAUAUCUCCAAUUUUGGGAUGUCAGAACAAUGAAGAAGACUAUGUCAGUCGAGUGUUCCCAUGUAUGCAGUGUUGAUUAUCAUCCCCAAAAGCAGCACAUACUUGUUACUGCAGAACAUGAGUCUGGGAUACACAUUUGGGAUCUAAGAAAACCUAAAGUUCCCAUCCAAGAGCUUCCAGGACAUACUCAUUGGACAUGGACUGUCAAGUGUAACCCAGAGUAUGAUGGAAUGAUCUUGAGUGCUGGUACAGAUUCAACUGUCAACUUGUGGCUCGCCUCAACAAAUCAUGAUGAGUUCACAACUGAAAGACAAACAGAUUCAACUGCCCGAUGGGUUGAUCCAUUGCUUAAUACGUACAGUGAUUAUGAAGACAGCAUUUAUGGGCUCACGUGGAGUUCUCGUGAACCAUGGAUCUUUGCAUCAUUAUCCUAUGAUGGAAGGGUUGUUGUAGAAUCAGUAAAGCCUUUCAUUGCCAAAAAAUGAAGUUCAACACCAAUUUCCAUGUUGCUAUCAUUUAUCAUCUUCUUGUGUAAGUCGGUAAUUUCCUGCCUCUCGGGUCUCGAGAUGAACAGACGAGUGAAAGACCCAUGUCUUUAUUGCAUCAUGCCACUGUUGGUAGAUUUGACGAAGCUGAACAAGUUUGAUGUUACAUGUGCAUUACAUCUUUGACGAGAAAGCGUUGAUAUUUCUUUUUAACCUUUCAACGUUGAAUUGAUUUAGCCUGGAUUGUGUUUGUAGCUUAUUCUUUGACUUGACAUCCAUGUUAUGUAAUUCAUGGCUUCAUUGUAUAAUCUAUGAAACUACUAGUUCAUACGAGUUCUUUCUGUAUCCCGAGUUGUGAAACCUCUUCCCUUAUUUUAUUUU